AUGAAGUUCACUCAAUUGCUCCUUGUCGCUGCCGUCGCCAUUGCUGCUCCCGUCCCCAACGACGACGCCGCUGCCGUUGCCAACGCUGACGCGGCUAACGCCGUUCCCCUCCCUGCGACCGCUCAGGCACAACCAGUGUCUGGGGAAUCGCAGACGGCCCCGGCUGCCAGCACCGAUAAGCCCUCGGGCGACGAGAUCAGACAGGCCGCCAACGCUGUCGGCGUGCAAUUGUCGGACGACCAAGUCAACAACAUUGCUGCUGCCUACGAGCAGUCGCCGGAAGCUGGUGACCAAGCCGUCGCCGCUGCUCAGGGUGCUGCGCUCCCCGACGCUGCCAACGGGGUGUUCCUCCUCCCUGGCAACCACUACUACUGGUUGGGCGGCCGUCGCUACCGUUACCACGGCUUCGAGACCGGUUUUGGCUGGAAGUGGGGCUGGGGCCUCAACCCGGGCUGGGGUGGCUCGUGGGGUGGUUCCUGGGGGUGGGGUUCCAACUGGGGCUGGAACCGUCCCACCUGGGGGUGGAACCACUGGUGGUAA